ACUCGUUCUGGAAGAGAAAACCACUUUGGAGUUUGAAAUUACAAUCACAAAAGAGCAGAGAGAGACAGAGAAAGAGAGAGAAUAGUAAGAUGACAACCUGUGCUCUGAAAUCUCAUAUUUCUUUGCCGAUGCAAUCUAACCUCAAUCGGCCAACAUCUGAACCUUCCACCCAUCUCCUUCCCCUCAGAACCAAGCCAAGGAAAAGCCCUUCAGAUUCACAACAACAAAGCCAAAUUAUAAGAUGGUUCAGUAAGGACAGCAGCAGGGACAAGAAGAAGCUACUCACCAGUAUUGCCUUCAAAUCCAAUGUUCCUAUACCUUCACAGAAAAGGACUGGGCUACAAAGGUUUGUGAUAUUGGGUGCAGCUUCUCUUGGAUUGGCAGUUCUGCUUGCAGGGAUAGAUGAUGGGAAGGCCUUGGCUUUGGGUCCUGAAGGGCCUUUGAUGGAGGAAUUUUGGGACAACAUGAGAAGAUAUGGGCUAUAUAUUGUUACAGUGAGCACUGGUGUUAUUUACACUAUCUUCCAGCCUAUUCUGGAGCUGUUGAAGAAUCCAAUUUCUGCAAUUCUCAUUAUAACCAUCUUAGGGGGUGGUAUUUUCAUUGUUUCCCAAGUGCUUUCAGCUAUGUUUGGUGUCUCUGAAUUUGCUUAUGAUUAUGGCUAUUAGUAUUUUAAGAGUCAUUUUGGAUUAACAAA